AUGAAAGCACAAAAAAGUCAUCAACAAAGCUCGAGGGUUUUGGCCGCUAACGGAAGCAUCGCAAAUAUUGAGCGCACUGGCCAUUUUCCAAGCGCAAAGCCUGUGUGCGAGAGGUCACCGAAGAGGAGAGAAAGCUUCAAAGUUACGAAAAGCAAGAGGCUUGAACCGGGGGAACUAUACAGUCCACAUGCAGACGCAUCUGACAAGACUACAGGCUUCAUGUCGAGCCCCGUUGGUAACAUUCCCGACAGCAGCGCUGUAAGGCGUGUUGGCUACGCGAACCGUGCGUACGCGCCGGGCGACAGCCCUUUCGCGCAGUACGCACUGAUGAAUUAUUGUAACAGCAAUAGUCACCUCAACACUUCAAUCUAUGCCAAUCCCAAUAUUUCAUCUCUUACAGGCGUCGACCAUGUCGAGCAAGAUGUCAACAACAUAUUUGAUGACUUUGAGCACUUCAGCUUCCAAACCUUUCCCUCUUAUUUUAACCCACGCGAAGCUUCUAACAUGCCACAUCAAGAAAAAGUAAAUAAAUGGAUCGAAAGCGUCCCCACGUUUAAUGUGUCGGGGGAGCUCUGGGAAAGUGAGUGUUACAGCGUAAACACCGAUCUUGACUGGGAGGAAAAGGAGUUUGAUCGUGGUCUUGUUUGCCACGAGUCUUUGCCCUUCUCCCUCGCUACUGCUGAUGAGAUUUUGCAUCUACAGGCCAAAAGGCUGGAUACACUUGUCAGAAGGAACUACGAACUCACGCCUGAGGUUCCAUUAACUCCUAGGGCCUUUUAG